AUGCAACAACUCAAAGACUUGCUGCAAAGCGAGUUUUCUUCUACAACAUCAUCGGAGCAACAGUCUUCCAAUAAUCAAACUGGAGGGUCUGUUCCUUCAACCACAAUUCCACUUUCAGUACAAGAUUAUUUGAAUCAGACAGCUGCCAAGAAGGAAAUUGGAUUUAUGGAUUUAUGUUUAUCAGACAAACAAAAAUUGGCACAAAUACUUCGAGCAUUGGACGACAGUAAUCAGGAGGCAUCCAAGUACAAGCAAUUAUAUCAAGAUGAAAUGAAAAAGAACGAAGAAUUGACGUUGAAAAAUCAACAACAACAAGAUUUGUUCGAGAAGGAAUCGAACGAUCUUAAAACGAAAUACAACACAAGUGCAGCCAAACUCAAAAGGCUGAAAGAGAAAAGUGAUGAAAUCAUUGAAAAACUGGCUAAGGAGAGAGAACGAGAACAGCAAGAACGUGCCUCCGAAACUAAUUAUUUGCGAGAGGAAAACAAGCGAAUGCUUGAAAGAAUAGGAAAUUUACAAAAAGAUAAAUUGAGACUUGAGCGACUUGUGGAGGAAUUAGAAAUUAAUCGAAUGUCACUAAUUCUACAAAAGAAGGAAAAGAAGGACGCCUCCAUUCAAACAGAGGAGCCAACCAAACCAGAACCGAUCCAGACCCUGACAGUGGCAACAAACACAUCCAAUCUGAUUUUAAAUACUGAGCCACAACCAUCUCCUUUGCUCAACAAGUCUAUACGGGAUCAUGCAAGCAUCCAAGAGCUUAAUUAUCGAUCAUCAUCGCCCACAUCGAAAAAAGACAAGCCACCGUUACCAACUGUUGACGUAAAACGAAAAAAGUCGAAAAAAACAGCUGCAAGUAACCCUGUGCCAAAAGAAGUUGAGGAAUAUCAUGAAGUAAUGAACCGAGUGAGAGAAAGAAGAAUUUUGUCACAAAAUUUCGUUGACGCUUCCUCUUCAGAAGAACAAAGGCGUUCUCCUCUCUUGAACUAUCUUACCACUCCUAAGAAAAACCCUAUUACAAACAAAAACAUAGGCUCCAGAAGAAUUGACAGGACUAUUGAUGACUCUGAUUUGUUAAACAUUGUUCAAAAAUCAGAGAAAGCAAAGAAAGAGGAGAGCCCUCACAAAUCAACUGCAAACACCAUGCGACAUUUACUUGUUUUUGCGGAUACAACAUCCUCAAGCACAGAUCGACUCCCUGAACCAGCUCAUCCACCUCCUCAACCUGAAAAGCUUCCAGAACGAGAAGAGAAGCAUUACUCUUUCUCUGAGUCAUUUAUUUCUGAAACAUCUUUCACUUCAGACUCUGACGGAGAGGUUUAUGACGAAGAUUCAUUGAUGAAUGUGGUGAAAAUUCUUGAGGAGCAACAAAAUUUGGUCAAUCGGUCACUCUCUUCAUCGACGUUAUCGUCAUCGUACCAGUUCACAGACACUUCAAUGGAAGGAAAAUCAUGGUUUGAAAAAUAA